AUGCGACUCUUCAUCAUCCCAAUCUCGACCAGACGCGCAUUAAUCUAUUCUCGCCCUCUCCGCAAGGAUCUUCCCAAGGAACUUUCAUGGACCGACAAGAUCACGAAUAAAGCCGCGCAGACAUGGGCCAAAUGGGAAGAGGCAGAGAAAGGGUGGAAGAUGCAUCUGGUCUCCUGGGGUAAUCGGGUCCAACAGCGAAUUCCUUAUCAGGAAUGGGGUCUGAAAAGCAUUCCUUCUCUGAACGCGCAACGACGUCUGGAUCCAUCGCAUGGGUCGAAGAAAAUCGAUGUUCUCUUCCCAGGAAAUGCGAUCAAUCCAGAGAAAUUGCAAUCUCUAUUAGCGAGGCUUGCAACAGAACGACAAGACUUGCAUCGUCAAAGGAUGUGGUGGAGUUUUAUUGCGGCGCCAUUUACAGCUCCCAUUGCGCUGCUUCCUGUUAUUCCUAAUAUUCCCUUCUUCUAUCUCGUAUACCGAGGCUGGUCGCAUUGGCGAGCACUUAAUGGAUCAAGACAUCUGGAGUAUCUGGUUAAGAACAACCUCCUAAACCCUAUAUCGUUCCCCGGGCUUGAGCAGUUAUAUGCUAAACGGGUCUCGCGCACACUGGAAAACAUUGAGCCCGAGAAACCAUCGGCAAGCAUGGUGGAGGAUGUGGAAAAGAGUGACGACACGCUUCUACUUCGUAUGAAAGAUGCCAAGAAGCUGGCCUCGAUCCUCGAAGCCCCAGAACUUGCUCUGGAAGCGGAACGAGCUAUUAUCCAAGUUGAGGAGCAGCUCAAAGCACAGGAGUCCUCCGAAGGCAAGGAGAAAGAUACUAAAAAGGGCGCAUGA